AGGCCGCAGCCGGCGUCGCCCGAGGCGGAGGGCCCCAGCUGGCGCUGGCGCUGCCGGGCCCGACGCUCCAAGCUCCAUGCACUGCACGGGCGGUGGCGGAGGCUCCGACGCCCAUGAUCCACAGCACUGGUUGCAGGUUCCAGGCCCAGGAGGAUCGCCUCAUGAACCUGUUCGCGUUCGUCGGCAUCACGGAGAAGUGGGACUUGUCGAUUUGCUUGUUCAACGCAAAGUACAACAAUCCGUGCAAGUCGAACCAGUUCGACUCGUCCUUCCACGUCAACUCCACGACGGAGGCCCAUGGUUGGUACGACACAGAUGCCUUGGACGGCUUCGUCGACAAAUAUGACGGACGUCUCUAUGAUCGGGCACUUCAGAUGUUCGAAGAAGACCUUGUACGGUUCGGAGUUUCUGAGGAGAACUGCAACAGGUGUGUGGAUUGAGGCACCGAGUGGUGAAUUGCGUUUGUCUCGUUGCCGGAUUCAGCCCCAAGGGUAGCGAACUCGUUUGUCUUUUCUUGCGAGCAAUACAAGACCGUUUUGCCAAACAUUGGUGUCGCCGCGUCGCGUAGUUCAGGCCUCAAGUUGCCCAUCAUGUCAGUUGCGAUGUGGCCUCGUCAUGUUGGGUUGAAGCAUUCAGCAAGGGAACGGCCAAACAGAGAAAGGACAUAUGGGAACAUAUAGUGGGAUCAGGCGAGAAGGGAAUUACGCUACAGAGGAACCCCGCAUACUUAUCAUAUGUCUGGAGUGAUGAUAGCUGGCGUGGAACUUGCGAGACUGAUGCUCUUGAUGGUGAUGAUCGCCCCCCCGCCUGCGUGCCCCUGUGGCCUCGAAUAAGUGCAACGCGCGCUAGGCCCUGGGAGACCGACCCACCUGCGCAGCCUGUAUGGUGCCGAGAAAGUGCCACGCCUGCUAUGCCGUGGACGACCGUCGCGCAUAGCGGCCGCGGGGCCGCGGUGAAAGACCACCCCCUGCGCACCCUUUAUGGUGUGGAGUAAGUGAACGCGUGCUGUGCC